AUAACUUGCUAUGGUAAGCUUCGUCGUGACCGGAGAAAUAAGAUCGACGGUCCCUUCUGAAAUCAGGUUCUGGCGGGCGGCUCUCUCGUCAAGCUUCAGUCUUUGUAACUUCCCACUGGGGACUUCACUGGUUACCUCUUUCCACCAUCUGCAGAAGAAAUUUGGCGUGUUCUUGGAAAUCUUUCUCCUUCAAUGGAGGCUGAUAGGUUGAAUUCUCCGGACACCUCUGUGAUCACUCUCGAGCUGUUGGGACAUCAACUCCAGUUCUCUCAGGAUCCUAAUUCCAAGCAUCAUGGAACUACAGUGUGGGAUGCAUCCCUGGUGCUCGUUAAAUUCUUGGAGAAGAAUUCAAGAAAAGGAAGAUUUUGCCCUUCCAAGCUCAAAGGGAAGCGUGUCAUUGAGCUCGGAGCUGGUUGUGGAGUUGCUGGAUUCGGCAUGGCAUUGCUUGGAUGUGAUGUUGUUGCAACGGACCAGGCCGAGGUUUUACCUCUUCUAAGAAGAAAUGUUGAACGCAAUACUUCAAGAAUCCUCCAGACAAAUCCAGAUUCAUUAGGUUCAAUCCAGGUAGCUGAGUUGGACUGGGGAAAUGGUGAUCAUAUUAAGGCGAUUCAUCCUCCAUUUGACUACAUUAUUGGCACAGACAUUGUUUAUGCAGAGCAGCUCCUGGAACCACUCCUGCGGACAAUGACUGCACUGUCAGGAUCUAAAACCACUAUUUUGUUGGGCUAUGAGGUCCGAUCCACUGGAGUGCACCAGCAGAUGCUAAACUUGUGGAAGAGAAACUUUGAUUUCAAAACUGUUCCUUUAUCAAAGAUGCACCACAAGUAUCAACACCCGAGCAUUCAACUCUUCAUAAUGGGACCAAAGCCUGUAGCCAAGACCGUCGAGGAGACGACCCAAAAAGCCGAUGAUUUGGAUGUGAAGACUUGUUGCGUGAACGAGAAGGCUGAUGAAGCCAAGCAAACGGAAGACUCAGAGAGUGGGAGUAGCAGUGGGGUGGAUCAGAGAGCUGAUUGUGGGGCCGAAGGAGCUGUCAAGAGAGAGUGUUCGAUAUUGGAAAAACUCAAAACCAGAAAGCUAAGUGAGUGGGAAGCGAGACGAUAUGGGUCCAUAGCUGCUCGGCUUCUUCGAGAUAUAAAUAUAAAAUAGUUCAUAUGUCAUAUCCAGUCAUAUGGCAUCAUACGCUUGACACUUCUUUUUGACCUUUUUCACUUGGAGCAAUGAGUUCCCCCGUUAAUGAAAAUCUCGACUUUAACCCGCU